GUGUUUAUAAAUUUUAAAUAAAUUAUCGGUAAGUUUUUAUUUCACAAGGAUUUGGAUUUUGGAUAAAAUAAAAUCAUUUUGAACAAAAGUGUGCUUCUUUAAAUGGCUACACUGAAAACACUACCAUAAAAUAAAAACAAGGUCCUCUGUUCUUUGAAUGUCAAAAUUGUCAAACCAACCAAGAAAGGUUUGUGUACGUCCGUGAAUAUUUUACCAUAUUGUGUAAUAUUUAAUUUACCUGCUUUAAACAGGGAUAUAAGUUAUAAACAUUAUUAUAAAGUCUGUGAUAUAGUUAUAAUUAUUUAAAACAAAAUGUCGAACCCCUGGAAGAAAAUUGCUGCACCUGCAGAAGUACAAGACUUAUCGGACAUCAUGUCCGAAGAAUUCGCGAGGGGACUUCAGGUUAAAGAGGAAAUUAGGUUUGCUGAGCGGCUAUCAGACCAGCACGUGAGUACGUCUAACGAAAUACCACCGGAGUUGCUGCAUGAUAUCGAGACCUCGAAUGCAAAGGACUAUUGUGAUUCCGAUGCUAUUAUUGCAAAGGUUUUGCAAUGCCAAUUUGACAGAGAAUAUGACAAUGAACUCAAAGUGGUUGAGAAAAAACGUAACGGCGACUCAAAAGUCUCAAUAUCUUAUGAUAAUUUCUAUCAUGUGCCCAAGCAUUUGAUAUACGAUUCUGAUUCAGAUGAAGAGGAUGUGGAUACAGAGAAGAAAGAUUGGGAUCGAUUUGAGACCAACGAGAAAGAAUUCGCAAGUUUACCAAAACGAGGGUAUGUCAUGAAAGAUGGAGAGAUGGUCACUAAACAUGACAGUGUGAUCAAUGGCAGGAGGAAUGCUUGCCGUGUGAUGGCAUUCCCUCCAGAGGUGUGCACAGGGGAUGGUGCUGGGUUUGACAUGAAACUCUCCAACUCUGUAUUCAAUCAUUUGAGGGAACAAACAAAACAUUAUCAAACACGUAAAACUAAGAUGUUGGACCGUAAAGAGAGUCAUGCCACUGCAGAAAUGGGUCUCGAUGAACCGACAAGACUUCUUCUUUUCAAACUUAUUAACAAUGAAGUGUUGGAGGAUAUCAAUGGAAUAAUCUCAACUGGCAAGGAAUCUGUGGUCUUACAUGCUGCUGGUAACACCAAUUACCCUGACCUGACGGUUCCUAAAGAAUGUGCAAUAAAAGUAUUUAAAACUACCCUGAAUGAGUUCAAAACUCGUGAUAAGUAUAUUGAAGCUGAUUACCGCUUCAAGGACAGGUUCUCGAAGCAAAACCCACGCAAGAUAGUACACAUGUGGGCUGAGAAGGAGAUGCAUAACAUGCUUCGAAUGAAGAAAAUUGGUUUGAACUGUCCUGAUAUGGUUUGUUUGAAGAAACAUAUUUUGGUGAUGUCUUUCAUUGGUAAAGACAACAAGCCUGCUCCUAAACUAAGGGAUGUGAUUUUGAAGCCUGAGAAAUGGCAGAGUGUGUACAAUGAGGUGGUGGAGGCGGUGCACAAGCUGUACAACACGGGACACAUGAUUCAUGCUGACCUCUCCGAGUACAACAUCCUGUGGUGGGACAACAAGUGCUGGUUCAUAGAUGUGUCCCAGUCUGUGCAGCCUGAUCACCCGAAUGGUCUAGAGUUCUUGCUGAGGGAUUGCCAGAACAUUGCCAAUUUCUUUGACAAGAAAGGUGUCACUGACAUGAAGUCUGGUGAAGAUUUGUUCAAGUCAAUCACUGGAUUUGAUGAAGUUGAUGUGAACCUACUUGAAGGUGUCCACACUGUGUACAACUCUCUGUCCUCACGCUUUGAGAUUGCACCUGAUGACAACAGGAACAUCAGCUAUCCAUUUGAGUACUGCUGGAACAAGUCUAACGAGGUGAAGGCGGCUAAAAGUGACAAGAGUGCUGAUGAGGAAGAUGAAGAUGAGGUGGAUGUGUUUGAGGAGAUGUGGACCCACUCCAAGCAGGGCAAGCCUGUCAUUGACACGGCUGCUGACUUCGGAAAUGAGGUCAAAGUACAAGAAAGUACCUCCAAAGAGAAAGAUGUAUUAGUAGAUCAUAAUGUAAACUUUCCUAAAGAAAUAAAUGUUAUUAUACCUAAGUCAGAUGACAUAAGUGAUACAGACAAAAAUUCUUAAAGGAUAUUUUUAAAUAAUGUGUUUAUAAAGGCAAAGAGAAUAUAAAAUGUUUUUUAUCCUAGUAUGAAAAACUAAAAAAAAAGAACAAAUAAAUGUAAUAAAUGACGACAUUUAUACUGUUGUAUACUAGGGAAUGUAUAUGACAAUGUAUUUAUGAAAUUUUGAAUAAUAGAAUUGAGUGUUAAUGAAA